GAUUCUGUUAGUUUCAAAAGCUUUAUCUUAAUCGGGUUUGCUUUAAGCUUACUGCGUCUCUCAAGGUAUCACCCAGCUUUUUAUUUGCCCUGAACGGUAGCGUGUGACAGUUAAGUAUGGUGGAGACAAUAAAUCUGUCCUUCCUGACGGAGACAGAGCGGGAGCUGAUUCUGGAGGUAUUGAAGAGGGAUGAGGAGCUCAGGAGAGUUGAGGAGCAGCGUGUGAAGAGGCUAAAGGCAGAGUUUAUUGACAUCAAGAGAAAGGGAGCAAAGCGCGCUAGUGGACGAUACAGUGAGAGGAGUUGUGGACGUUGUCAGGAACCACUCGGCCGCUUAGCUAGCAAUGCUAGUCAGUGCCAAGCAUGCAAACACCAAGUAUGCCGAAACUGUCGCUUUGUCCGUCCCAAUGGAAGCUGGGUUUGCAGCGUGUGUGCCAAAGAAGUAGACCUGAAGAAGAGUUCAGGCGACUGGUUCUAUGAUCAGAAGGUGAACCGUUUCUCCACAGUCCCGGGACACGGGAUAGUGAGACAGUCUCUCAAGAGCAGGCCACUCACAAAAAAGCGAGAGACUACUGCAGAAACACUCUUGAAUAGUGCAGAUUUGUACAACAACCAGGCUGUUCCUGUCCCCAAACCGAGACAGAAAGACAUGGUGACUGCAAACAAGGGUUCUCAGGAGGCCUCCGACCACGGUGAGGUGCGUGAGCAGCAGCGCAGUGACACGGACUCUGUGGAGAAAGGCAGCCUCAGCAGCUACCAGACAGAGUCCUCCCGCAGCACGCCUCAACUGCCACAGAAGACCUCAGUAAUGCCCCGUUCCAGUCCAGCAGGUUCUUCCGUUUCCAGUGUGACUGCUUCCGCCAAAACCCACAGUCCCCAAAGUUCCAUCUCUGGUACAGAGACUGCCAGUUUAACUCACCACAUGAAUGCCUAUGCAAUUCCCGAGAGUAUGCACGAUGUUGAUUGUUUAUUUAAGAAGAGUGUUCGAAGAGUGCACAAAAUAUCAGAUAUGAACAGACCAACCUCCACCUUGGACCUGCGUGGAGAUAGUACAAGGGAUACAGUGGGUUCCAUGGGAGACAGAAGCAAGUCAGUUCCAGGGCUCAAUGUACAAGAUGAUAACGAAGAAGGGGAAGAAGAAGAGGAGGACAUUGAUGACUUGGUGAACAUUCACAGAAAAACUGUGGCUGGAAACACUGGGAGUCUACAUAGCUCCUCUAGCACUCUGGGCAGUAUGAUGAGUAUUUACAGUGAGGCUGGAGAUUAUGACACUGUGGACGUGAGCGGUGACAUAACAUUCUCCGUCAGUUACGAUGAGAAGUCUCACACGCUGUGUAUUCACGUCAAAGGGUGUCGCGAGCUCGCGUAUGCUGAUCCAGUGAAAAAGAAAUGCAACCCGUAUGUCAAGAGCUACCUUCUCCCAGACAAGUCUCGUCAAAGCAAGAAGAAAACCUCCAUAAAGCAUAACACUAACAACCCCACCUACAAUGAGAGCUUGAAGUAUUCCAUUCAUCGUUCCCAACUGCUCACACGCUCGCUCCAGCUCUCUGUCUGGCAUAAUGACCGUUUUGGUCGCAAUGCAUUUCUAGGAGAGGUGGAGUUACCGCUGGACUGCUACAACAUUGAUUUAGCACACGAAGAGACAGUAGCCCUCAGAGGAAAGACUUCCCACUCACCUCCAUCUGUGUUCGCUCAGUACAAAGGAGAGUUGGUGAUCUCUUUGAAGUAUGUUACAGCUAAACAGACAAGCACAGAGAAGUCAAAAGGCAAGAAAUCAUCCAAAUCCGAAGAUGGCGCGGAGCUGCACGUCUUGAUUAAAGAGGCCAGGAAUUUAUCAGCCAUGAAAUCAGGCGGAACAUCUGAUUCCUUUGUGAAAGGGUAUCUGCUGCCAGCCAAGAACAGCAAGACAGCGAAAAGGAAGACUCCAGUGGUUAAGAAAACACUGAACCCACAGUACAACCACACAUUUGUCUACAAAGAUCUGACUCUGGAACAGCUGAAGAGCAUGUGUCUGGAGCUCACUGUCUGGGACAAAGAAGCCAUGUCCAGCAAUGACUUCCUGGGAGGCGUGCGUCUGAGCUCAGGAGCAGGGACAAUCAAAUCUGGCAAAGAGGAGUGGGUUACAGAUUCCACAGGGGAGGAAGUCUCUCUCUGGCAAAAGAUGAUGCAAUACCCUGACUCAUGGGCAGAGGGCACUCUUCCACUACGCUCCUCCAUGGGCAAGGCCAAGUAAGGACACUGGCGAUGCCAAAAUGAACUUCAGGCCGUGAGAAACUAGUUUAUUCUUAAAAUGGCUCAAAAGAGUUCCCUUAUGACUAUCCAAAUAAACAUUUGAACAUAGCAACAUUAUACAACAUUGGUGUAUUUUAGUAGUACACA